CCUGUCUGUCAGCCUGCAUCGUCAGCGUGAACAGCACAACAGAACUCCGCACCGGAUCGAGCAGCCGGAUUCGAGAUCGGGGAAGCAGCAGUCGCAGCGUGAGCACAAAGGAAGGAGAGGGCGGCCGGAGAAGCAGCUAGACUCGCCUCGCCAUGGGGAUCGGCUACGUCGUCGGCGUCCUCGGCGGCGCCCUCCUCGCCCACGCCGCCUACGCCACCAUCCAAUAUCGUGCGGUGCUGAAGAUCACGGAAGAGGAGUUCUCGCGGCCGCCAGUGGAUGUGAUGGUGCAGCUGCUCCUGGGGCUGGUCUUAUGCAUGUGGGCAGGUGUCUCUGUUCCAGCAAAAUUCCUUUCGGUGCUCCCCCAUUCUGAGGAGAAUAGGAUCGUAUCGCUCCCAGCAAACCUGGAUUUCAUGAUCUUCAACCACCGUGGAAGGGCGCUGCCGUCAGACGCAGACUUGAAGUUGAAGAUAUGAACAAAUUCUGUUCCUUUCUUGUCAUGUAAUCUUUUGCCCAAGAGGAGGAUCCAUCCAGUUAUUCUUGUGUCACCCGUGUCUAAUAGGGGGAAAGCUUUUUCUUGGCCAUACCGUGUUUAUGCUGUAACUCUAGAAUUUGUGACACAGACACCUGUCCUAUAUAUUUUGAGGUGGUUAGCUCGA